UUUUCAACAGCAGUUGUUAUUUGGAUAAAAUGGGAGGAAAGGUGUCCAGAUCACAAGCCAAAUCAAAAAAUGUGCCUAAAUCCACACCUCCAAAGGUAGAAAAUGAAAAAGGUAGAAAACUUUCACAUGGCCCACCAGAAUUUGAUAAGGAAUGGAGGAAAAUGAAUUGGGAUAAAAAGCAUGAAAUUGAACAGAAACUAAGGGACUUUAAGAUCAGCAAUCCAAACGCCCCAUAUGUCAGGAUUCUGGUUGUUGGUGAAAUUGGAGUAGGAAAGUCCAGUUUCAUAAACUCAGUCAAUAAUGCUUUCCAAGGACGAAUCACAUGUGAGGCUCUGACUGCUACAGGAUCUGGAAAGAGUUUCACAACAACUUACAAAACCCAUUACAUUGAACGAGAGGAUGGAUCCCUUUUCCCUUUUGUCUUCAAUGAUGUCAUGGGACUUGAAAGUGAAGAGGGAGUUCAAUCCCAGGACAUUGCCACAGCUGUGCAGGGGUUUAUUCAGGAAGGAUACAAAUUUAAUCCUGUGGCAGCACUAUCCCCAAAUGAUCAUGGGUACAGAAGCGACCCAGCACUUGAAGAACAAACCUUCUGCCUGGUCAACAUUUUAGCAGCAGACAAAGUAGCACUGAUGGACGAAAACGUCAUUGAAAAGUUAAAAUACAUUCGUGAGGAGGCUAAAAAACUGGACAUGCCACAAUUAAUCGUCAUGACAAGACCAGAUUUAGCAUGUCCACUGGUAAAUGAAGACUUAAGAAAGAUCUACACAAGCAAGAAGAUCAAGGAAAAGAUGCAAAUGUGCAGUAAUCUGCUGGGGAUUCCCAUGAAUUUCAUCUUCCCUGUGAAGAACUACCAUGAGGAGAUAGACACCGAUGAUGACAUGGAUCUUCUCAUUCUUAAGGCCCUUGAUCAGAUUGUGUACAUCGCCGAUGACACGAUGAAGAAAAAAUGCCGUAAGGUUGGGAAAAAAAGGGAGUAAAAAAGUCAGAACAUAGCAACUGUCACUAAUAUGCAACUUAUUAAAGAAUAAAUAAAACAAUUAAAUGAAGAAGUGUACAAAUUAUAGCAUUUACAAUGUUAAGUAUAAACAAGUAGCCAAAGAUAUAAAGUUGUUAGUGCACUUGAAAUGUACCUAUGUGGAAAUUGUCUUGUGAUCAAAUGAGAGACUAAAAAGAAUGUCUUUGGUGUCAGUUAAUCAGACG